UUUGCUUUACACAAAAAAGAAAAGAAAAGUGGGACCCAAUAUGAGCAGUUUAAUUCGGCCGCCAGCUUUGUCGUCUCUCUUGUCUCUCCGUUUACAUCUCUCUCUCUCUCUUCCUUCUUCUCCUCCGUCCUCCGUUCUCCUUUUCCUUUGACUACUCUCUCUCUCUCUCUCUCUCUCUCUCUCUCCCCUUUUUCUCUCUCCUCUUCACCACUCUCUUUCUUAUCUUCUUCAUUCACACCUCAUCAUAUCAUAUACUCCCUCUCCUCCUCCUACUACUACUAUCUCAUUGAAUCAAUCCAUCAAUGUGAAAAUCGUGUGAUCCCUUUCAUUUCUUCUUCAAACUCUCUCACCUUAAACCGACAAAUCAAUCUUACCCAACUCAUCUUUUCUUUCAUUUUCCUAUUUUUCUAAUCAUUUUUAUUAUGAGGCGGCAUAAAAGCUCCGUUUUUUUCUAUCUUUGAGGAUCACUGUUACUUUUUAAGCCUCUUUCUUUCUAUUUCCUUUUUCUUUCAAUCAUUCUCCUUUAGAUACAAAAAACACAACACAAACAUGGCUGGAAGUAAUGAAGUCAACCUUAAUGAAUCUAAGAGUGUUGUUCCUCUCAAUACUUGGGUGCUUAUCUCCAAUUUCAAGCUUGCUUACAAUCUACUAAGGCGUGCCGAUGGAACAUUCAAUAGAGAGUUAGCUGAGUUCCUUGACCGCAAGGUCCCCGCCAAUACUAUUCCAGUUGAUGGAGUAUUCUCUUUCGAUCACGUGGAUCGAAACACAGGACUGUUUAGUAGGGUUUAUCAACCUGCUCCUGAGAAUGUUACUACUUGCGGCAUUAUAGAGCUGGAAAAGCCCUUAAGCACCACAGAGAUUGUACCUGUCAUAAUCUUCUUCCACGGUGGAAGCUUCUCUCAUUCCUCUGCAAACAGUGCUAUCUAUGACACUUUCUGCCGUCGCCUCGUGAGCAUGUGUAAGGCCGUUGUUGUUUCUGUAAACUACCGGCGAUCACCUGAGCAUCGGUAUCCGUGUGCUUACGAAGACGGUUGGAAUGCUCUCAAUUGGGUUAAGUCAAGGACAUGGCUUCAAAGUGGAAAAGAUUCUAAGGUUUAUGUUUACAUGGCUGGCGAUAGUUCUGGUGGUAACAUUGCUCAUCAUGUUGCGGUGAGGGCUGCUGAGGAAGAUGUCGAGGUACUAGGUAAUAUUCUUCUCCAUCCACUUUUCGGUGGGGAGAAGCGUACAGAAUCGGAGAAGAAACUGGAUGGAAAGUAUUUCGUGAAGUUGCAAGAUCGUGAUUGGUAUUGGAGAGCUUUUCUCCCUGAAGGGGAAGAUAGAGAUCACCAUGCUUGUAAUCCACUUGGACCUAAAGGUAAAAGCCUUAAAGGACUUAAGUUCCCUAAAAGCCUUGUUUGUGUGGCCGGUUUGGAUCUUCUACAAGAUUGGCAAUUGGAAUACGCCGAAGGUCUCAAGAAUUAUGACCAUGAUGUCAAACUUCUUUACCUAAAGGAAGCUACUAUUGGUUUCUACUUCUUGCCUAAUAAUGAUCAUUUCUAUUGCCUCAUGAAUGAGAUAAACGCCUUCGUGCAUCCUCCUAACUGUUGAUAUAUUACUACUAGUACUACUGCGACUACUACUACUACUACUACUUAACCAUACAUGACUAAAAGCCUGACUUGUAUUUUUUAUGUCCCUACUUUAUAGUGGUGGUGUGUAGUUAUAAUAUAUUAUGUAGCAUUACUCACUGUCUUAACAUCUAUGGUGGUAAAUCUGAGCUUUCUGUAUCCGGUGGACUAUUUCUUCCUGUUCUCUGCCUAUAUCUUUUAAAGGGUAGCACCGAUUUCAGGCGUCUGAGGUGACCAGAGUUCGGUUUGGUUCGUUUACGGGGUUUGGCUGUACCACCGUAUACGAUGCUUUACUCCAUUUUACUAGUUCGACCUCGAAAGCAGAAGGGGAGAUACAAGAUAGGGCUUGGCUGAUCAAUUUGAUUAAGUGAGUGUUUUUAUGUUGUAUAACUAUUAUAUAGAGUGGGAACUUUUGAGUAUAGCCCAUCUUGUUGUGAACUUGUAUGUUAUUAUAGUAAUAUAAAUGUCUUGUUUGUUUGCUAA